AAUGGUGCUAUUGUGGCGAAUUGCAAGUGUUCUAGAUAUAUUUGAGUUACAAAAACGUUAAUUAUAACGUGUAAUAGAUCAGUUGAUAAUUGGCAAGUAAUCUGUUAGAAAUUUUAAGUCAAUUUCGCGCAAUAGUCAAAGCGAAAUCGUCGAGUGAAUAAACUCGUUUGGUAAAAAGACUCGGGCAAUGAUUACAUUUAAUAUUGUGCAUGUCGUACAUUACAUUGUGGUGUGGUGGUGUUCAUUAUAAUAUUUCUCUUUAGCUUACGUUCAAAAAAUUAAUCUGGGACUGGGAGAAAGUGAAAGAAAACUCUUAUUCAUUUGUCCUGUCAGCAUCACUUGGUUCGCGUCUUAAACUCUACUUUUGAGUUAAUUUAUGCCGUACUUUGUUUUUGCCGGUGUAAUGUGAAUUUACAAGAAAGUUUUGUGCGAAAUUUAGUGUGUUUUUCCCCUUUUCUUUGAAAGACUAACUAGUAAAAUGGUUUCGACUUACAGCAUUGCGUCCAGUGUUGUAUUUUUAAUAAACUUUAUUAAUGGACAAUCUUUAAGCAAAGUUCCACCGUACGUGAAGCAAUGUCACGAGGCAGAUCCAAAAUUGAUGGAGUGCUUCAUAAGUGCCCUUCAUCAUUUACGGCCCUAUUUAGCCACUGGAAUAACGGAAAUCGAGCUACCUUCAGUUGAACCGUUUCGUAUGGACGAGCUCUCGUUGUCUCUGACUGGUGGACCCAGUGGCUUCAAAGUGACCCUCGCGGAUAUAGACAUUUACGGAGCAAGUAACUUCACGGUUACUAAAAUAAGAUUAGGAGAAAAGAAUCAACCUUUCGAAGGUAAAAUAAGAAUUCCAAGCUUGAGGAUAGAUUCAAAAUACAGAAGUUCAGGGAUUCUUAUCAUCCUUCCAGCUAGUGGAAAUGGAACAUUUCACGCAAAGUUUGAAAAUAUAUUGGCAACAGUGAAAGGGACCACAAGUUUUAAUUCCAAGAGCGAUAAUAAUCGGUACUUGAACGUCGACAGUCUCAACAUCGAUCUCUUGGUGGGUAAAGUUAACAUGGGUGUGACUAAAGUUUUUGGGAACAACAGACUUCUAACUGAGGCGACCAACCUGUUUCUUCGUGAAAAUGGCCAUGAAGUUUUAAAGAUAAUGAGUCCCCAGUUGACUCGGAAGCUUGCCACAGUUUUCCAAAGCAUAGCAAACAAGCUGUUGACAUACGUUCCAGUUUCAACGUUUUUAGUACCUGGUACUUCUAUCAAACAGUCUUAGAGCUUUUAUUAAGUAUAAUAUUAAAAGUGCACCAUCAUGCGUUUGCUACGUAUCAUGCAGCUUUCACCGAUUAUGAUGCAAUGAAUCUAAACAAUUCGUGUGACAGAACAUUGCAGAUUGUGUGGCCCAAUUAUGACUUGCAUAGUACAAAUUCAAUAACACAACAAUGAAGAAUAAAAUCGUUGCAUCAUACUCAACUGCAAAACCAUUUCAGUAUAUAUGUCACUUUUUUAUUUAUACAUAGAUAUGUACAUGCUUGUUUCGGGGUCGACAUGUAUGCACAAUUAUUAUUUAAGUGUAUAAAUAAAUCUUUUAUUACAUA